AUGGGCUUCUUCUACUCCCAAUUAUUCGUAACCCCGGAGUAUCCCACCCACUGCUUCAAAGACCAAGCGGUCAUCGUCACCGGCUCCAACGUCGGCCUGGGUCUCGAAGCAGCACGGCAUUUUGUCCGGCUCAAUGCCGCAACCGUGAUCCUAGCCGUGCGCAACCGCUCCGCUGGCGAAGCCGCCAAAGCCUCAAUACGCGAGUCCCAUCCCGACUCCCCAACCUCCAUCGAAGUAUGGGACCUGGACCUCGCGUCCUACGCCUCCGUCCUCGCCUUCGCAGAGAAAGUCUCCCAACUACCACGACUUGACGUCCUCCUCUGCAACGCAUCCAUCGCUACACCAACCUUCCAGCUAGCAGAGGGCCACGAGCGAACCAUCACCGUGAAUGUGAUCAACACGAUCCUUCUGGGUCUGCUUGUCCUCCCGACACUUCGCAGAAGCGCAAAAAAGUACGGGACCAAGCCGCGCCUGACGACGGUCGUCAGCGAGGUGCAUGAGUGGACAAAGUUCCCUGAGCGGACCGCGGAGAAUACCUUUGCCGCGCUGGACGACGAGAAGCAUACUAACAUGCGGGAGCGGUACGCGACCUCGAAGUUAUUGCAGGUGCUAAUCCUCCGGGAGAUAGUGGCGCGGAUGCGGGAUGACAGCGUCGUGGUGAAUAUGCUUAAUCCUGGGCUGUGCCAUUCGCAGCUGGGCCGCGACCUCGGGUUCAAGCUUGCGCUGAUGAAGAUUGUUAUGGCCAGGACGACGGAGGUGGGGAGUCGGACGCUGCUCGCGGGCGCGGCGGCUGGGGAGGAGAGUCACGGGGCGUACAUGACGGAUGGGAAGGUGGAUAAUGGGGCGCUGUCUGAUUUUGUGCGCAGUGAGGAGGGGAAGAAGGUGCAGGAGAAGGUUUGGGGGGAGCUGAGGGAGAUCCUUGAGGGGAUUAAGCCGGGUGUGACGGGCAACUUGUAA